AUGGCUCCUCCCGAAGCCCCCGAUGUGGACUCCAUAGAUCUCAUUGCCAGCGACAUGAAGGAGCUUGUCCGGAAAAUCCAGGACCUACGCCACAUCGGAAUUGAGGACAAGAUGAUUGUGCUACCAAAAAUCUGCGUCAUUGGUGACCAGAGUGCCGGUAAAAGCUCUUUGAUCGAGGGAAUGAGCGAGAUCAAGGUGCCACGAAGCGCGGGAACAUGCACCAGAUGUCCAAUGGAGAUCAAUCUCUGUGAGGGCGAACCUGACCAGCCCUGGACUUGUAAGGUCUUCUUGUCGCGGAAGUACAUGUAUGAUGCCUCUAAGAAGAUCGGUAAGAUUUCGAAGAAGUCUCAGUCCCUCGGGCCUUGGCAGGAGCAAGAACAACAAGAAGACGAGCUUUUCACAACACUGACAGACAAGCUCGACCUCGUCGAAGUGAUUAGAUGGGCGCAGCUCGCCAUUUUAAACCCAGGCAGACCUUCCAGCGAAUAUUUGCCCGGGCAAAACAGUGAAACAGAUCCUGAUUAUUGUCAAGUGAAAUUCUCACCCAACGUCGUGCGCUUGGAUAUUGCUGCGCCGGGUUUUCCUAACUUAUCAUUCUAUGACUUGCCCGGUGUUAUCAGCCAGGCUGAGCAGGAAGAAGAACGCUAUCUUGUUCAUCUGGUUGAGAACCUUGUCAAGCAUUACAUUUUGCAGAAGCACUGUAUUGUCUUGCUGACGUUGCCGAUGACGAAUGAUGCCACAAAUUCAAGCGCUGCAAGGAUCGUACAAACCACCUCUGGAGCAAACGCAAGGGCAAUGGGUGUUCUGACCAAGCCCGAUCGCAUUCAGACAGGAGAAUCUUAUGCUCAAUGGAUUGAAAUACUUGAAGGAGACAAGUUCUCGCUUGGCCACGGUUACUUUGUUCACUCCGUCGCUCGGGAAGAGGAAGAAGCCUUCUUUGCGGGAGAGCCCUGGGCCACAGAUCUGGCUCUUUAUCGAGACAAGUUUGGGACCCGAAAUUUACAGGCGACACUCUCCUCUCUGCUUCUUGAGCAGAUUCAAGGAUGUCUACCGGACUUUAUUGAGAAGAUUAAUGCCAAAGCAGAGAGGAUUGAGGCUGAGCUCCGGACUCUCCCAGACCCGCCCUCUGCGAAUGUUCCAUAUAUUAUUUGUGGAAAGUUAAACCAGCUGAAGGAGCAAAUUCGCGCUCAUAUUGAUGGUGGGUCAGCAACUUACCCCAUGCAGAAGAUCUGGUCGCAUAUUGCCAUGGAUUUCAAACGAGCCCUGAUUACGACUCGGCCCACUGUGAGAAUGCUCUCUCCAAGUGAUAAGUUCCCUGGCCCGACGGUCCGCGAUGCAGAGGGGAGCGAUUCGGACUGUGAGAUGACAACGGUCCCGCAGCCAGUCAAACGCAAACAACAGCCAAAUCCAGCUACAACCGGGACCAGAAAUGGAUUGUACUCGACAAACCAUUUCGACAAGUUCAACGCUCCGGCCCUGAUCUGGACUGCCGGAUCAGACGGACCGAAAGCCAUUGAGAUCAUGAACCAGAUGAGCGUGAAGCACUGGUACGACCCCCUGUCAGUGUUCCUGGUUGCCACCUAUCGCCUUGUCCGGGAGAUGCUGCACAAGCAGCUAGAUGAAGUCUUUCUGCAAUAUCACCAGACGGGUCUCUAUCGAGAACUCAAGCGAAUCAUUGAGAGCUUCUUGUAUAAGCUACGAGCUGCUCAUUUCGAGCAUGCGCAGGAAAACUUCAGCAUUGAAGGAGACGCCCGACGUGAAGCUGAGCUUAGGAAGCUUACUGAUGCCGAGCUGGGGCGCGACCAGUUCUCGCAGGAGCUGACCAUGAUGGCGACAAGUCGCGGGUACUACGACUUGGCGAGUUCGCGGUUCAUUGAUUCAAUUUGCCAGAGCGUGCACACUAAAUUGUUCGCAAAAUGCCGUGACGACCUCAUCAAGGAGAUCGAAAGAGAGCUUUGUAUUUUCGAUGAAAACGCAUUGGAAAGAUGUCUUGAGCUGAUGGAGGAGGACCCGGACCGCCAGAGACGCCGUCAAUUCCUUCUCAGAGAAAAGGAGCGAAUUGAUAAGGCCCAGGAGUGGCUAAAGCUAGCGAGGAAGGAGGAUGACCAGGAAGACCCAUUCGAAAAUGUGAGGAUCAAAUCACAGCCUCCUGACGAUUGGACUACUUAG